AUGGUGAAUGAGGGGUGUCCCAAAGCUCCCGUGAAACACGUGAGCCGAGGAGCAUCUCCACGGCCCGGGGGGUGCUCUUUGGGGGCGUCGUUAGGAGUCCUGCAGGCUUGUGCCGGACUGAGCCAUAUCUCCCUCUUAUCAGCUCCAGGCCGGCCGGACGAGGGGAAAGCCCGGGAGGCGGGGGGUGGUUUUCCUCGGGGACGAACAGGACGUGUGGUGAGGGGAUGCGGUGAGGGGCCGGGGCUGGCGCCGGGCGGCGGCGCCCGGGGCCGGCGGUUUCCCGGGCGAUGGGUGGGGAGUGGAGGAGGCGGAGGAGAAGGAAGAGGAGGAGGAGGAGGGGUCCCCGUGGCUUUAUCUCCCACCCGGCUCCGCCCGCCGCCGGCUGCCUCCCGUAGCCGCACCGCGCCGCACCGCACCACGCCGGCAGCGCAGCGCACCGGCACCGCUCCGCUCCUUGGGCACCGGCACCGCUCCGCUCCUCUCCCUGCGCACCGGCACCGCUCCGCUCCCUGGGCACCGGCACCGCUCCUCUCCGCUCCCUGCGCACCAGCGGGCGCAGCGCCGGGCAGGGCAGCGCCCAUGGGCUGCGGCAACUCCACGGCCGGCGGCGCGGGCGGGCGAGGUGCUACAGGGACUACUAAAGAUGUAGCAGAAGAAUCUGUAUCAGAUGAUGACAAAAGGAGGAACUAUGGAGGUGUCUAUGUUGGCCUGCCAUCGGAAGCAGCUGCCAUGGUUUCCAGUCAGACGAAAGCUGCACCGAAAGGUAUCGCAAGAUUAGAAGGAAAUAAAGACAUCAAGAUGCAAACAGCUGGAGUCUGCUAAGACCAGUUGCCAGUGCUUUAGAGAAAGCUGUCUUUGUGCUGAAGAUUUUUAUAUUUAUGUAGCCUUCUGGAGACCAAGAGAGAUCAGAGCACCAAAAAAUCUAAACUGUUGCAAGUUCCAACUACGGGUAAAGCUUAAAGUACAGCGUUGCAUCAGUUUCCUGUGAUGGUUGCAUUAUGGAAACCUCCUGCUGUUCUCCAGUGAAAAAUGACAUUAGUGAACUCAUGGUGGAUGUUUCUGCACAAGAGCUAACUUUGAUGAUCUGCAACUUAUUUCUCUGUGGCCAUAUUGCAGAUUUCAUCAGCUAUCAGCUACGCUUCAUAUAUUUUCUCCAACAAUUUUUGAUAGAUUUUAUAUAGAAAACCAUCACUACUAUCCACUGAAUAGUUCCUAUGGUAGGUUCCUGUAAAUUAAUUGUUAAUUUAAAUCAGAGUAAUAUAUUUGACAGGUUUGCAUCUUUUGGUAAUAUUGCAAAUUUUAAUACUUAUGCUGUGAAAACUUGAGAAUAGGAUGAAAUGAGCAUAAGACCAUCGGGUUCUUUAUAAUUAUUGCUGUCACUUUUAUACAGUGAGACAAAUAUUAGUGUUUAUUUUCAACAUUAAAAAAGAUAAUGUUCAAGGAAAUUUAUUUCAAUAAGAACAAUGUACUUCAUCAUAAUAUUUACAUGUCUGUUUAUAUUUUUCUUCAGCUAUAUCUCUUUUAUAAAACACUACAUGUAAAAAAAUGCUAAUGAACUGAAUUAUUAUGUUAUGUAUUCUAUUUCAUGAAAUAUUAUAAUGACAUGCCCUUGCAUAAGGAUGAAGUGAUAAUAUUUUCAGUGCUGUAUCCUCCCGACUUUUAGAGGAUUUUUGAUCACUAUUAGAUUUUUGUAUCCCUGAAUCAUCCAUAAGCAUCUCCAGUAUGGCAAAUUGAAACAGAAUGAGUGUCAUUAUUACUUUAGCAAAUUUUUGAGGUUUUAAAGUUCAUUAAUUUAAUAGCAACUGUAAGUUUUCCGCAGAACAUAAAACAGAUUGUACAUUUCCAUAUGGCUGAACAAGUAUUUAAAUUAUUAAAGCCUUUUGCAUAAUUCUUUAGUAAAAUUUUUUUAAUGGGACAUGAUAUGCCAUACACUUUAAACAAACAAAUAAACAAAAAAGCCCAACCCACAUUAAUGUAUUACUGUAGAUUAAUGGCCACUUUGAAAAUUAAAAGAAAAAAAGCCAACCAGAAAAUCUGGACAUGAAGAAGUAAACCACUGUGAACCAUGGAAUUUCUGCCCAUUUAACCAACACCUGUCAUGACUAGUGAACAACCUUUGAAUAUGAUUUCCAGCAACUCGCAGCUUUGACUUUUAAAUAGAAGUAGUUUGAUGUGAGGCUUGCAAAAAGAGAUACUUAAAAAUAUUCCUUGCUUGUCUUUUUUUAAGUAUUUAUGACAUUGUUUAUUGCUGUUCUCUAGAAAUCUGCUACUUGGGUUAUCAACGAUUUCAGGCUUCCAGCUCCUGAAGACAAAUAUGCAUCUCAUUCUUGACCCCUUUGACCUCAAAGGAAGAUUAAAUAAGCUGGAAGAUUAAGAUGUGAUGUUAAAAUAUCUCAGUGUGAAUGAAUGUCUGUUGAUUUUUAUCUCGUUCUGCAGUUGCAGAGUCUUAUUCUUGCAAGCCAAGCUGAUGAGCACUCAAGUAGCACUGAGUAAUAAACAUGCAGGCUUGCUUCCCACCUGCUUGCCAUAGCAUAAGGGUAUAGUUUCUACUUCACAUGCUCCACAAAUGGUCUAAACGGUUUGCACAGCACAAGUUUAUUUAGUACAAAGCAAUUUAGGCCCAUGCCUGACCUGAUCACGAUUGCCUUUCCCAAAGCAGAGGAAACGCCAGUCGUUCUAGGAUACGUCAUCGUUCAGCUAGUGCUUGAAAAGCCAACAACAGAUGCCAGUAAUCAACCUAGUUGUUUGUCCACUUCUAUCCUUCAUUUGCUGGGAAGAAUUGUCAAAAAGGUGGACAGGGCUGAACUCCAACAUCACUCGUUCUGCUACUGACAUCUGAACCCCCGUGUGUGGGCGGAAGAAAGAAAGAGGUGAUCGCUAAUGAACAGCUCCCACCAGCUGGUGGUGGGACAGUUGCAAGGGUACUUUUCUUGGUUUACGUCAUUACUUGUUUUUCCUGUGCAGAGCUAAAGAGAAGCUUGGAGCACUUUGCAGAAUUGGUCUUUUAAUGUUUCAUCCUCUGAAUGUGUGGGAGGUACGGUGGUUUCUUAAUCUUUUUGUUCCUCUGCAUCAUUUAGUCUCAAAAGCUUACUGAUAAACUGACAAAUGUUCAGCAUCAUGGACUGGAGUCUCUAAAAUAGAUACAUGUUUAUUUAUGCUAUGCGGGCCUGUACCCAUCAAACUAAAUAGCCAGGGCCAUGCCCUUGUCUCUGAUUUGCAGACUCUUUUGUUUUCCCAAGGACAAGAUCUAGAAAUUGCUUGACAGGACACUAUAUUCUGGUUUGGCCGAAUCCCACUUAGGGAACUGAUUUUCUGCUCAUCAAAAUUCCUCUAUGGUGAGCAGCCUUUGUUAAUAAAAGCACAUGAUCUUUCAUGGAGAAAUGGGUGUAUCUGCUUUUUCAAAACUUACAACCUAUGGAUAUUUCUGUUAGGAGGAGGAACAGAAAAGAAACCCUAUAUGCCAGCUGCCAGCUGUGCAUUUGAUGAUGGCAUCCUUGGAGAAUAUUUAGGCACUCAAAUGAUGGUUCAGUGUAAGAACUAAGAACAGAAAACAAGGAGCCAUUGAAUGACAGAGUUAUUAUUAAGGAAUAUACUUUGGUUUAGCUUACCAUUUAUAAAGAAGAAACAUUUAAAUGUUGGGGCUCUAAUACCAUUUCCUUUGUAGCUGUCACUCUUUCUCCAACCAGAGCUGAGGAGCCAGUGAAAAUAGUUCAACAAAGAGUGGAUUAGGGUUUUGUAAUCUCAGAAUCUCUGAUCUGAGAUUCUUUGACAGCCCAGAAAUAUGCUUCAAUUCACAUAACUCAGAGAAGUGACUCUUGAAAAAUUCUGGAGUAUGGAAACAUAGGAUUGAAACUGCGGUUUAUGAUUAGCUGAAAAACAAUCAAAAUAUCUUGGACUGCAAACUUUGGUCUAGUACAAACUAUUUCACCUCGAAGACAGCUGCUCUUUUGAAUUAUACUGAUGAAACAAUGCAUUUAGUUUGCUUUCUUCUUAAUGCAGGACCUGGAGCUUUGUUGUAAGGGCCCAAUUUCUCAGUAUCUGGUUAGUGCAGACAGAGGCACUGCCCAUCUUGGUUGUACCAUCUACAUCCUAGUGUAGUUCAAAGGAUGUGAUGUAGAUCUAAACAUCUGCAUGACUCAAGGGUUAAAUCUGUCACUAAGAGGAUUGCAGAAGACCCAGUAAAGGCUGUUGUAAGCUCAGUUAGGACUUCAUUUACUAUAAAUGAAAUCCUUUCAUACCAAGGAGUCCCCACAAGGCUGAUGCUGCAGAAAUUUGUAAAGGUGAAAUUUGUUUCUAAUGAACACAAAGUACUAAUUUACUUGAUUUCACGUUGCCUGUCUAGCAGAGGAGUCUGUGCUAUAUUGGACUAUGGCUGAUAUGGCAUCACUAUUCCCUGUCACCCACGCAAGUCUAGCAAUUCUCAAUAAUCAUGCUUCCCAAGCAGUCGGUGAGUCACUGCUGAUCUGUUUUCUGCAAAGUAGACCUCUGUUUGGUUCCCAUGGUGAUCAGAAGUGACAAUUAUUACGGACUGCUACUACAGUUUCUCAGUUGUGUGUACCCACUAAAAGAAGCUCUUACCUGGUUACAGCCCCUUGGUGUUUUGCGGUACAUCAUUAUUGCUUCCUGUUGACAGCAAUUUAAACACUUCAGGUGAAUUGCCUUUGUGGAGAACAUGCUGAAGGAGGGGGAUUUGUGGAGUAUUUUUGUUUUGCAAUGUAUUUAGAACAAGAGCAGGAGAAUAAUGUCUCUGUAAACUUUCCAUAGAACAAUGGUGUGCCAGUAUUGCAGGAAACCUUUUGAGGCUGGGCAGAAUGAUCCAACCCUUGUUUUAAGAACAAACAUGCACAGAACUUAGAUUUAUUAUAAUAAAAGCCAUUUCAUUUUACACAAUCUGACAAUUUUUGCUGUAACUCUAGGUUUUCCAAACAGAAGAGUAUUUCCUAGACAGCAGAAACCUGUCACCCACCUUGUGGGACUUUCUGUAUACUGGUCACUAUCUGGUCACUAUUAAAAUACCUACAGCUGAAGGUAGGACUCUGCUUUGAAAUGGAUCAUUCUGUGAAGUGCAGUGAAACUCUCAUUAGAAUAACUGUACUGAUAAAAGAAUUAGAAAGAUACUAUAGAAUGAAGCCUGGAUAAAAGGGGACUUCCUGUACCAGAAAGGAGGAAACACAUAGGAGAAGGAGAAUCAUAAUAUUACGCAGUGAAGACAGAUGUAGAAAGAGGUUAGGAACAGAAAAUGACGUAAAAAAGGAAAUACCUUAAUUAAGUAUCUGCUCCAUUUCUCUGUGAUUCUAAUCUCUGGAAAACAGAGCAAGAAGUAGACCGCUGCCAAAUUGCUUCAAGACUAAAGAGAACUGGGGAUUGGCUUAUCAGUUCAUUCCAACCCUCAGAUGCCUGAGACUCCAAACCUUUGGGGAAAUAACUUGUCUCAUUUUUAUUUGCUUCGUGCCCAGUGUAAUGAGCCCAUGAACCUUAUAGGUCCUUUUGGGUGUUACCAGUAUAUAUAAAUAUCCUGCUGUCUCUUUCAAAAUUUCUGUUGAUGUUUGACUCUCUAUGAAGACUGAGAUGUAAAAAUAAUUAACAGGAUUAAUACAAGAAAAGAUUACAGAACAUGUGAAAAUGAAGCAAGUGUUUAAUCUGAAAAACAGUAUUGAGUUAGAACCUAAGCUUUGGUUUAGUUAUGCCAUGUAUUUUAGGUUUUUUGUAUAACUAAUGAAUCACUGUGCAAGUGCUUAGUUUUGUCACAGCACCCUUUUUGGUACUCUGGGAAUUAUCAGUCCACUCAAAGAAUUUGUUUCCCUGGUCUUUGAUUCCUAUGUUACAGGAGAUGGCAGUAAGGUGAAAUACUAAAUUCCACACUUUGCCUUUGUUGCCCACUUUUUAUGUUUGCCAAAUCUCUGUGUUGUCUGCAGGACGGAUUCAGCUCCAUAAAAGCUGAGCUCGUUGGAUUCUUACUGUGAGGCUGUGAUUCAGAACAACAUGUUAAUUAGAGGCAGGUCAUAUUUGCUAACUGUUUCGUGGGGGACUGUUGGAAAAUGUAAGACGUUGUUGCAAUUAGGGAGGUAUUCAAACUUUGGAGAGAGUCCACACUGUGUCACUACCAAACUUCACUUGGCAGUAUGCAAACGUAACACUACACACAUAAAUAAACAAAAUCAGCGUGGUAACACACACCUUUAAGCUUAUAUCUAAUAUCAUAUUUAUGGUUAUAUAUCACUGGACACUGACUGUAACUUUGAGCUGUGAAUAUUGACCUACAUCUAGGUUUGCAUUACCCAAAUGAUAUUGCUGUAAGGAAGCCUUAGAAGGGCUUCCUACUCCUGGUGUGUUUGUAGGAACCUCGCAUGCUUUUGGGAAAUCAACAGGUAGAUUUUCUCUGAAAUUAAAAGAUUUAAUCAGAUCUUAAUGGAUAAAUGGUAUCAACUUGAUCAAACUCCAAAUAUCUGGUUAUUAUAACAAUGUACUUCAUCUUUGAAGUCUCACAUGAAACCAGUAGUCUACUUCUUUUUCCUCUUACAAAUUGUGGAUUACUUUAAUAAAUAAAUAAUUAAAUUAUUUUAGUUUUACGAAGUAACUGCUUCAGAUCACCAGAUAAAAACAAAACAAUUUUGGCAGGGAACUAAAUUGUAAUAAGGAGACUGUGCCAGCCAGGGGAGACAGAGGUUCUAUAAAUUCCAAAUUAUUUGUAAUAGCAUGAAUAAUGGUUGGAGAACUUUCACAGCACCUUUAAAGAGUCUUUGUUUAAGUCAUCAUUGCUUGUAUAAGGAUUGCUUCUUGAGAAACCCAAGAUCCCCAGUGAAAAGAGCCCUGAAAAUCACUGCUUGGAAAAUAAGUUUUGAUUUAUGAUAAUAUUUUUUCAAGAACAGUGUUAUAUUUUUCUCUUUGAAUUUCGAGAGGAAGCCAAAUUCUCAUCUGAGCCAGUGAGGUAAACAAUCUAUCUCUCCUUGCCUGCAAACAAUUGCAGACAAUUCUCAUUCAGAGGUACAAGAAAAAAGAUAAAUGGUAUUGACUAGCUCUAUUAUGGGGACAUAUAUGUUUAUACACUUGAAAUUAAUCCAAAUCUUUAACAAAGUAAGAUAGAUUAGACUAGAUUUCAUGCUUUAUCCUUUCAAGUAUUUUCAUUGAAAGAUGAUAUAAUUGUUUUUUCCUGUUGAUUGAAAUAAUCUCUGGCAAAACAAUUUCUUCUGUAUUUUUUGUAGUAAUGUAUAAUUCAUUAUAGUUUUCAACACUUCUUUCACUAUUUCCCAUUUUAAUCUUGAGUUCACCUUCUGGCAUAAACCUGCCACAGCCUGGAUUUUACCCAAAAGGCUAGGCUUGCACCUUUGCUCAGGUGAGCACUCCAAGUGGGUGCCACUGGAGAACAUUUUACCCUGAACAAUGUUUUUUUCAACUUCAGCUGAAAACAUGGACAGUGCUGCCUGAUCAUUGUCUAGGAGGAGUGUUUACUCCACAUGUGACUGUAUUGUCUUGAGAUUUGGACUAAGAUGAUUGGGUUUAGGAAUCUUCAUUAUCCAUAAGGAUAUUGAAAGCUCAUCUUCCCUCCUGCAUGACACCUCCUUGUCAUGAUUUAACCCCAACCAGAAGCUGAACCCCACUCAAUCUUGCCCAGUGGAAUGGGGGGGGAGAAUCAGAAGAGCAAAAGAGAGAAAACUCGUGUGCUGAGGUAAAGAAAAAACCCCACACACAAGCAAAGCAAAAUAAGGAAUUCACUCAUCACUUCCCGUGGACAGGCAGGUGUUCAGCCAUCCCCAGGAAAGCAGGGCUCCAGCACUGGCAACAGUGACUUGGGAAGACAAAUGCCAUCAUUCUGAAAGUCUCCCUCUCUUGUUCUUCUUCCCCCAGCUUUAUAUUCUGAGUUUUAUAUGCUGAUAUGGAACAUCCCUUGGGUCAGUGGGGCUCAGCUGUCCUGGCUGUUCGCCUCCCACCUUGCUGUGAAUCCUCAGUCCAUUUUCUGGCAGGGUGGGGUGAGAGGCAGAAAAGGCCUUGACUCUAUGUAAGCACCGCUCAGCAGUAAUGAAAACAUCCCUUAAUUACUGACACUGUGUCCAGGACAAAUCCAAAACACAGCCCCAUCCUAGCUACUCUUAAGAAAAUAAACUCUUAUCCCAGCCAAAACCAGCACACUCCUUCAAAUACGCCUGUGGACAAGCAGCGUUGUGUCACAACGUUGGAAGGCACAAGAUGGCAGGAAAGUGUCUCCGUCACAUUUUCAGUUUGUUCAGUAGUGGGCAAAACAACUCAUACAUUAGUUGGACAGAUGACUUUGCUGCAUUUCAGAGUCUCUUUAGAGUGACUUUCAGUGAUGACAAAAGGAGCAAGAAAAAAAGGAAUCAGGUGCUGUCAUACAACAUCAUAAAUGCCUGUAUUAGACAUUACAAAUGAUUAGCAGUAUCCUGUGUACUGUCAUUGCAUUUGACACAAAGUAGUUGCAGUCUUGUAAUUUCAAUAAUUUCAAUAACUUCACCUGCAAACAUCUGUAGAUAGUAAGAGAAAUUACUCCCAGUAGACAGUGGGUGAUCAUUUGACCCAUAGGUUUUCUUGCCUAGGUCAUGGGGUCUGGCUGAUAUUCACAGAAUGUAUCUCUUCAUGAUCUGGAAACUCCCACUUUGCAACCUGCUGGUUUUGCGUGUGCCUCCGUGGCGUCUGCCAGCGUAAAUAGUCAGUGUGGUUUGAAGGAACAGCUGGUUGACUGGUGGGGCAGAAAGACAUCUCCAUAACAUACUCCAUCUGUUGAUCUCACUGUCUUUUUGUGGCUCUCAGGGAGGUAUGGCAGCUUCACACCCACCAUGUGCUAGUGACCCUCCCCAGGCCAGCUGUACCGUGCCAUACCCACCCCGGACAGCAGGCCAGGACAAGCAGCACUGCUGAGCUGGAGAGGCUGGUUUGGGCUUUGGCUGCCUGACGUCUGAAGUAGUGCUGGGAUUUGUUUUUCUGCAUCCCUUGCUCUCUUAGCAGCAAAACCCAAGUAACUGCACUGAGUUUCCUUUUAUGUGCCUCCUGAACAAGCCUUAUGUUCAGAGCUGUGCUGGUGACAAUCAAAUUAAUCAUCAUCCCGUCGGCAGCUGCACUUUGCUGGGCUCUCCCAGCAAUCUUAGAGUCUCAUCCCAGGCUGUAAGCUGAAUAAAUCCUUGUCCAAAGUAGGUCAGCAAACCGUGCCUGGCCUCAAGAAACAGCUUUGAUUAGGGACAGCAAAUUUUUUGCGAUUAUUCAUAAUCAUUUUCCUCAGAUUUUUUUUUAUGGGAAAGAGUCGUACAGACCUGGAUGGCAAUGCUGGCUCCUUGAAGCCUGAAACUCUGGCAUACUUUACAGAAAAGUUGUUCUGAAGAGAGACAAUCCCAAGAUUUAGGCUUUAAAAAACAAAACCCCCAAAAAUGUGUAAGGAAUCCUUUGUAAUAAACCUUGAUAUGCCUGUGCUGCUCUCAUUUCUGUAACACUGAAUUGAUUGCUCCUCAAAAGCUGCAAAUGUCUGAAGUUUUGAUUUCGAAGUAUCUAUACAUGUAAUUUUAGCAGUUAAAAACUUACUUUUUUUCAAAACACUUAUUUCAGCUUCUGAAAAAAAGUUGCCCUAUUAUCCCAGUGUCCAGGAAAUUUCCCAAAUUAAUUAAUCAAUCACUUCAAAGCUCAUGGUUAUUUAUUUUUCACUGUAGGGUUUCUUUUAAAAGAUAGACUCAAGUGCUGGUAUUAAAAUUAGGGUUAUUCCAUUUUACAAAAUAUUUAGCAAUGACAGUGCUACUUGUCACUUUGGCAUUGCCCAUUACAAAAUUAUAGUCUGUGGAGAUAAUUUAAAAAUCAAAUUGUCUUAAAUAACUUUGCUUCUAAAGGAGCUUUUAGGUCAAGUCUGAAAGAUUAUAUAGAGUACAUAAAAACAUUGUCUCUGGGCUACUUCAGAUUGUCCUCUAAGCCAUAAAAUAUGUCUCUGAGUUUUUUUUCUAUAAUGAAAGUCAUGCUGUUGUCCAGUGAUUCAUUAGAGCUCUGGUCUAGCCCCUCUACAGAUGCUGCCAUUAUUCUGCAAUCAAAAAAGGCAACCAACCAUUUCUGGGUGCUCUGUAAAGUCUUAAAAGCAAGAUAGCUUAAAAUAAAUGUUUGUACCCUGCUGUGUUCUUAUGAUCUCCAAUGCACUUUGGGCACUCCUCAACUAUAAAUAAGAUCAAAAGAUUCAUUCUCUCAUGCUCAAAAAAAUGGGAAGAAUGACAAAAUGAAGCUUCUUGAUAUAUUUGUAUCAUGACACAUAUUUUGACAAUGUGAUCAAUAUUGAUUUGUUUUUUUCAUGGGAUACAUAUUACAAUAGACUAACCUAAAUAGAUAUCUAUGAAAAAGUAUAUUUUCUCUAGAAAUUUUGCAAAUUCUUUUUUAUUCAUUUUAUCAUUGUUUUAUCAUUGCUUUGGGCCAAUUUGUUUCCCAGGAAUGUGCUUUCCUUGCCUGUGUAAGUUUGACAAUAAAAACACAGGUUUUUUUCUGUCCUCUUACUUUUGAACUACUGAAAGCUGGUUCUUUGUUACCCAAAGAUGGUGUUAUUACCAAGGGCAACAUCUGCUAAAGAUUGUCAGCUGCCAUCUGAAAUACAGAAUGAUAAUGUCAAGUCUCCAGCUUAAUGUAUAUCAAAAUUUUUUGGUUUGCCUUUACUGUAAUUUACUGGGAACUCAGAUGUUUUCAUCAUACUGCUGAGUGGGUUAAAAUAAACAUAAAAACAGCAAGAA